AUGAACAUCAUCACCUGGAUGAGCAACUACACUGGACAGUCAGAUUUCACCCUGGUGGGAUUAUUCAGUCAAUCCAAACACCCUGCUCUGCUUGCUGUGGUCAUAUUUGUGAUUUUCCUGAUGGCACUGUCUGGCAAUGCCCUCCUGAUCCUCCUGGUACUCUCUGACACCCGCCUCCACACACCCAUGUACUUUUUCAUCAGCCAGUUGUCCCUCAUGGACAUGAUGUACAUUUCUGUCACUGUGCCCAAGAUGCUCAUGGACCAGGUCCUGGGGAGCCACAGGAUCUCAGCUGCUGCCUGUGGGAUGCAGAUGUUCCUCUAUGUGACACUAGCAGGUUCAGAAUUUUUCCUUUUAGCUACCAUGUCUUAUGACCGCUAUGUGGCCAUCUGCCAUCCACUCCGUUAUCCUGUUCUCAUGAACCGCAGGGUGUGUCUCCUCCUGAUGUCUGCCUGCUGGUUCCUGGGAUCCUUAGAUGGCUUCAUGUUCACCCCUGUCACCAUGACCUUCCCAUUCUGUGGAUCCCGGGAAAUCCAUCACUUCUUCUGUGAGGUCCCCGCUGUGACAAAGCUCUCUUGCUCAGACACCUGGCUCUAUGAGAACUUCAUGUACCUGUGUUGUGUGCUUAUGCUUCUCAUCCCUGUGACAGUCAUCUCAAGCUCCUACACAUCCAUCCUCCUCACUGUUCACAGGAUGAACUCGACAGAGGGCAAGAAAAAGGCUCUUGCCACCUGCUCCUCCCACAUGACUGUGGUCAUCCUCUUUUAUGGUGCUGCUGUCUACACCUACAUGCUCCCUGCCUCCUUCCACACCCCAGAGAAGGACAUAGUGGUGUCUGUGUUUUACACGAUACUCACCCCUCUGUUGAACCCACUGAUCUACAGUCUGAGGAAUAAGAAUGUCACAGAAGCUCUGAAGAAAUUAUUGGGUGUGAAACCUCUCUUUCAAGAAGCAGUAAAACAAGUCAUUUGGAAUGAAUAG